AUGGCGCGACAACGCUCAGACUCUGGCACAAUCCCCUCCAUGGAGACCUCCCACGAUGAGCUCAAAGAUAACACUAUCAUCAUCGUCCUGGGGGCGUCGGGAGAUCUGGCGAAGAAGAAGACUUUCCCCGCACUAUUCGCGCUUUAUCGCCAGCAAUUCCUGCCGCGAGAUGUCAAGAUCGUCGGCUAUGCGCGUACCAAGAUGGACGAGGCCGAAUUCCAUAAACGCGCGACAUCAUACAUAAAAAACCAGGAGGAUCCUGAGGUUGCGCAAGCCGUCACAGAGUUUAAGAAUUUCUCCACUUACGUUGCGGGCGAUUACGAAGAUGGCGCCGCAUUCGAUAAUCUCGAAAAGCAUCUCGAAGAGAUUGAAUCUCACUAUCAAUCGAAGGAGUGCAACCGUCUCUUCUACCUUGCUCUGCCCCCAAGUGUCUUCAUCCCAGUCGCCAGGAAUCUCAAGGAGCAUUGCUAUGCAGGCAAAGGAGGCAUCAACCGUAUCAUCGUCGAGAAGCCGUUCGGUAAAGAUCUCGAGUCAUCGCGCGAACUACUGUCGUCACUCAAACAAUAUUGGACGGAGGACGAGACGUUCCGUAUUGACCACUACCUUGGCAAGGAGAUGGUCAAGAACCUGCUCGUGUUGCGUUUCGCCAAUGUCGCGUUGGGUGCUGCUUGGGACAAGAACUCGAUCAGCAAUGUGCAAAUCACGUUCAAGGAACCGUUUGGCACUGAGGGACGAGGUGGUUAUUUCGAUGAAUUCGGUAUCAUUCGUGACAUCCUCCAGAACCAUUUGCUGCAGGUUCUUACUGUCCUUGCCAUGGAACGGCCAGUGUCUUUCGCCGCUGAAGACAUUCGUGAUGAGAAGGUUAAAGUCCUUCGUGCGAUACCACCCAUUGAGCAAGUAGAUACCCUUCUGGGGCAAUAUGUCGCCGCAAAUGGCAAGCCUGGGUAUCUCGACGAUGAGACAGUUCCACGCAACUCGGUGUGCCCUACCUACGCCGCCACAACCCUCUGGAUCAACAACCCUCGAUGGGAGGGUGUCCCAUUCAUCCUCAAAGCUGGUAAAGCCUUGAACGAGGCCAAGGUCGAGAUCCGCAUUCAGUUCAAGGAUGUGACGCAAGGUAUCUUCAAAGAUAUCUCGCGCAACGAGCUCGUCAUGCGCAUCCAGCCUUCUGAGGCCGUCUACCUCAAGCUGAACACGAAAACGCCGGGUCUCUACACGCGUGCCAUGCCGACUGAGAUGGACCUCACGUACAAGAGACGAUUCACGGACACGAAGAUACCCGAGGCAUACGAGGCGCUCAUUCUUGACUGCUUGAAGGGAGACCAUUCAAACUUCGUGCGAAAUGACGAGCUGGACUGUGCUUGGAAGAUCUUCACACCGAUAUUGCAUUGGAUUGAUGGCAAGAACGGGCAACGUCCUCGCCCCGUGAACUACCCCUACGGAGCCCGGGGCCCCAAAGAGCUAGAUGCCUUCAUACAGAAAUACGGAUACAAGAGGGCGGAAGCUGGCUACGCAUGGCCGAUCACGAGUCUGGCGUUGUUAUAA